AUGGCACCAAUAUCCUCAUCCUGGCAAGACAAGCUCUUGCACGAAUGCCGUAUCUUCAUAGCUAACCUAGAUGCCCAAGCCCAUAUUCUACGGUGCGAUCCAGAUAGUCGAGGAAAGGAACGCAUCGGGGAUGUCUCUCAGGCAGUAGUGGAUCUGUCUAUUCGCACAGAUCGGAUCAUAGAUAUUGCAUUCGGCAUGAUUGCUCGGGCCCCGGAUAGCGAGAUUAUUCGUCGCAAUACUGCCUUUUGGUGCCGUGAAGAUGAUGGCAAUUACAAGUUCGAGAAUGUGUUUCUUACCAUGGAGCACGACUUGGCGUCUCGAGGGAAUCGCAAGGAAGGUCUCAUUUAA